GUCAAAAAAAACUGCAAGGACUUCUCCAGGCCAUCCCCAGGAGUCAAGACUGACUUACCUCCCCAACCCCAAAUCUUACUAUGUCUGUACCCAAGUGGCUGCUAUUUGGAGUUUAUAAAAAACAGAAUUUCAAAUCUAUACCAAACUGGUUCCAAAUGUUAAUGUCUCUAAGUGCAAAAUUGCAGCUGUUCUGGGCUUGGAUAAAGUAGUAAAACUUAAGAUUUAGUUCAAGAACUGUACAUGAGAGCAGGUAAGAUAAUGGCAUGCAAAUGUUUGUUACCUGCAAUUUUUGGCUUUAUGUGUCUUGCAGACAUACCAUUUGAAUGACCCAAAUCCCCCACUUACUUUCCCAGCUGAGUUUAGCCUUGGGUCCCUGGUCCUAGUUAAACAGUCUUUACUCUAACGGAUUUUGCGCUGUGUCCUGAUUCUUAAUACAUAAGGGUACAAAAUAAGGAAACCUAAAUAUACAGUACUUUAUGCUGUUAAAUAUUUCACAACAUAAUUAUUUUAUUAACUGUAGAAACAAUGACAUGAAAUAUUGAAAUACUGAAAUAUCCAUUGUAGACGCAUGUAGGGAGAGCUGGUAAGAUGUAGUAGUUAAGGUGUUGGACUGGGACUUUACAAGGUUGUGAUGGGGAAAAAUUGGAAGAGAGCAUGUUGUGUACACUGUCUAGAGCCCCUGAAAGAAAAAGACAAUAUAAUCAAAUAAUUCAUGUUGGAUUGCAACCAUGAUUUCUUAUUUCUGCUGGUUUCAGUUGUUUUCGAACUGAAUUCUUAAGCAAAGAUGAUGCACUAGAAUAGUAUGGCAGGACAUAAAGUCAUCACUGAGCUGUUUUUAUUCAGUGCUUAGGCAAAGCCAAUUAAAAUGAUAUGAGACCUGUUGAGAUCAUUGUAAAUCUACAUUUCUCUCAGUUGUUGCAUUUUGUAUGGAAAAGGUUAACUGUUUUCUUAAAUUUAAUCAUACACUGAUUAUGUUUAUACAACAUGAUUAAUUUAGUCAUGUCCUCUCUAGUCAAUUGACUCACCUCUAUGUGCCAACAGUAAAUGGUUUGGGAAGACUGAAUCAGUCUUAUGUUGCUUACUUUUUUAAUACUCCUGCCUGCUGUAAUUUCCUGUUGUAUUUUUUCAAUCCACAGUGGUGCAAUCAGUUAUUGACGCCACCUAUCAGUGUUUGCCCUACUGUGGGCAGAAUUGGGAGGAGUUAUAUACUCCUACUUCUCUCAGACCCUUUUCCAUCUUUUUUGUGGCUUCAGGAAAAAAUAAAGAUUAUAACAGAGACUAAGUCAGAGUUCAUAGAAGAGACACAUUUUCACAGGGACUUCUUAAGGCUUUGAAUUUGUCUAAGUACCUUGAAGGAACAGUUAAGCUUCUGCCGAGAUGCCCAGACAAUUCCCAAAGUUAAAUAUGUCUGAGGUUGAUGAGUCAGUGAGGCUCUUAGCUGAAAAAGUUUUUGCCAAGGUCCUUCGAGAAGAAGAUAGCAAAGAUGCCUUGUCACUCUUCACCGUGCCUGAAGAUUGUCCUAUUGGGCAACAAGAGGCCAAAGAAAGAGAACUUCAGAAGGAGUUGGCAGAACAGCAGUCUUUGGAAACUACUAAAAGGAAGAAAAGUUUCAAGAUGAUUCGAUCCCAGUCCUUGUCAUUACAAAUUCCACUGCAAGAAUGGAAACCUCCAUUGGCUGCUCCAGUUGUGUCUCCUCCUACUCCAGUUCUUCCAGGUGCCUUUCAGCCUAUCCAAGGGACAUAUGAUGUACCAGAAUUUCAAAGAGUUACAAUUAGUGGGGAUUAUUGUGCUGGGGUUACAGUUGAUGAUUAUGAACAAGCUGCCAGAAAUUUAGCAAAAGCUUUACUUAUUCGAGAGAAGUAUUGCCGCUUUGCUUACCAUCGUUUUCCAAGGACAACAGCACAAUAUUUAUGCAGUAUGAAAAAUGAAAAAUGGAAAAUUGAAGAUGAGGUACUCCCAGAUUUCCAUCCACCACCAAAAGAACUACAGGAUCCUUACAAUCUUGAUGAUUCUCCAGGGAACUUGGAUUAUGUUGUAAAGAUGAAGGAAGGGAUUUUCUUAGUUUUUGAGAACAAAGACAUGAUGGAACUUAAUGAACCACAAAGUUUGCCUUACCUUGAUCUGCAGACCUACACCCUUGACCUCAGCCAUGUGCUGGCUCUUAUUGCUGAUGGCCCAACGAAAACGUAUUGUCACAAGCGGCUUAACUUUCUAGGAUCUAAAUUUGGUUUACAUGAGAUGCUAAAUGAGAUGUCUGAGCUAAAAGAAUUGAAGAGUAACCCUCAUCGAGAUUUUUAUAAUGUAAGAAAAGUUGAUACCCAUAUCCAUGCUGCUGCUUGCAUGAAUCAGAAACAUUUGCUGAGGUUCAUUAAGCACACUUAUCAAACUGAGCCAAACAGGAUAGUUGGGGAAAGAAAAGACAAGAAGCUGACUUUAAAGCAGGUGUUUGAAAGCCUCCACAUGGAUCCCUAUGACCUCACUGUAGACUCACUAGAUGUCCAUGCAGAUCGCCAAACAUUUCACCGGUUUGAUAAAUUUAACUCCAAAUAUAAUCCAGUUGGUGCAAGUGAGUUGAGGGACUUGUACCUGAAAACAGAAAACUAUCUUGGUGGUGAAUAUUUUGCUCGUAUGGUAAAGGAAGUUGCCCGUGAACUAGAAGAAAGUAAAUACCAGUACACAGAACCUCGGCUGUCUAUUUAUGGGCGUUCUUCAGAUGAGUGGCAAAAUUUGGCUAAAUGGUUCAUAAGACACAAAGUUUAUUCACCUCACAUGCGCUGGAUUAUUCAGGUCCCAAGAAUCUAUGAUAUAUUUAGGGCAAAAAAUAUUCUGCCUAACUUUGGGAAAAUGCUGGAAAACAUAUUCUUACCUCUGUUUGAAGCAACCAUUAAUCCCUUGGAUCAUAAAGAGUUACAUCUUUUUCUUAAAUUUGUGACAGGGUUUGAUAGUGUGGAUGAUGAAUCAAAACAUAGUGAUCACAUGUUCUCUGAAAGGAGCCCCCAUCCUGAUAUUUGGACUAGUGAAAAGAAUCCUCCAUAUAGCUAUUAUUUGUACUAUAUGUAUGUAAACAUCAUGGUUCUCAACAACCUUAGAAAGGAAAGAGGCAUGAGCACCUUCUUGUUUCGACCUCAUUGUGGAGAAGCUGGAUCAAUAACUCACCUGGUAUCAGCCUUUCUAACUGCAGACAAUAUUUCCCAUGGAUUACUCCUGAAGAAGAGUCCAGUUCUCCAGUAUCUUUAUUAUCUUGCACAAAUCCCCAUUGCCAUGUCCCCUCUUAGCAACAACAGCUUAUUCCUGGAGUAUUCAAAAAACCCACUGCGAGAAUUCUUGCACAAGGGACUACGUGUUUCUCUGUCUACAGAUGACCCCAUGCAAUUCCACUAUACAAAGGAAGCACUGAUGGAGGAAUAUGCCAUAGCAGCCCAAGUAUGGAAACUGAGCACCUGUGACCUGUGUGAAAUAGCAAGAAACAGUGUACUACAAAGUGGCUUGUCACACAAGGAAAAACAGAAAUGUUUAGGCAUAAAUUACUGUGCUGAAGGGCCUGAAGGAAAUGACAUUAGAAAGACAAAUGUUGCACAGAUUCGAAUGGCUUACAGAUAUGAGACUUUAUGCAAUGAACUGAGUUUCCUGUCUGAUGCAAUGAAGACAGAAGAGAUUACUGCAUUGUCAAAAUAGCCACAGCCAACAUGUUUGAACAUAAGAAAGAAUGUGAACUUUUGCAGGACAGAAAAUUGUCUGAUGAUCAGAAUUCUUAAGUUACAUCAGACUUACUGCAAAAUCAGUUUCUGCAAGUGCUUAUCUUAAACAGGACUGCUGUAGAUACCAAGAUGCAGGCUUCCAGCUAUAUAGUUUAUGCAUUUAAAAGUACACUCUAACUCUAGUCAUUAUAGGUUUGCAUCUCAAGAUACAUAACAUUCUGGUUUGAAAAAAGGGACACAGGAUAGUAGCUUUUGGUAGCACACAAGCACCAGUUUUCUCAUAUUAAGUAGCACUUUCUCAUAUUGGAUUGAAGGCACUUUAAACAAUAAGUUCUGAUUAGAUUUCAGAUGUCUGAUUGUACACAGUACUGUAGUGUCCAUUUGAUUUUGAAGAUACUUAACAAAGACGCUCCUGAAUUUAGGAACUAAAAUCCUAAUAUAACCAAAGAUCAGCACAUUGUUCCUGGUUGUUCAGUACAGACAUACAAAUACUUGGCUUUUCCAGAUAGGCCCUUUAAUUGAUAAAAGCAGUGAUUUGUUAUGGUAACUUCCUGGGGUAUCCAGGUAUAAGCCAGUAACCUGAAAAAUGCAACAUGAUUCUCCAGAGGCUCUGAAUGUCCCAUAGCACUUGCUUUGCUUCCAUAGGUGUUUGAGGGGCAGGAAGAGAAGUAGCUUUGCCUGCAAAAAUGCUGAUUGCUUCUCCCACAUCUCUCCUGUUUACUCCUGCAAACCAGUUGUUGGUGUAUCCAUCAGGAUUUGCUACGUGUUCCAGUGGAGCUUUUUCAAAACACAUCCAUAUCAACAUUCCACUCUAUUCACCAUUAUGGAACGUGUUCCACAUCUUGGUUCUUCUGAUACAGAAAAUUAGGACCUUUCUUAUCUAUGUAUCAGGAGGUUUAUUUACCUACAAAUAUGUAUUCACUUUUAUUAAGCUGAGGUUUAUGUUAAAUAUUGUUUAUUCAACAAGCCACAGUGACUUUGUUCACACAGUGCUAUGUUUUAAAACAUGGUUUACACAUUACAACAGCAAGAUUCAUUCAUCUUGCUAAGCCAAAACCAAACAAACCAUAUUUUGGUAUAAUGUGAGAUCUGAACGAAACUGAUAUAAAAGAAAGCUGAUGUAUGCAUAGACUCAAAUUGUAUUUUGUAGUUUUUAUGAAAUGCACUAAAUUAGAUUUUUGAUAGCUUAAUAUGCUAUCCCAAAGUAUGGAAUAGAUUUGUCACUACUUCAUUACUAUGAUGUACUAGUGUGGGAAUUGGAAUUUAAUCACUUAUCAACUGCUAUAGGAAGUGUUAAAGUUUUUAUAUGGAAUUUAUUUUGAAUAUUCAAGUUUGAAAAUGAACUACUAGAGGCAGUUUUUGAGUUCUGGAAAGCAAUGAUGUUUAAUUACUGUUGAUAGUAGUAGUUAUGUAACACUUUACCUUUUAAUAGUUUGAAGUAAAACAAUAACAAUUCUGAAAAGGGGUAGAUAGAAAGUAAAGUUUGCCAUGAAUUCUGACCAACUUAGAAAAAAAGAGGUAACAAAAUUCCCUCCCUGCACUUACGCUACUUCUAAUUUAAGUAUUACUAUAUUCUGGAAAAAAGUUGUAAAUGUUUUAGUGCAAAUAUAUAAUUGUGGUUGGGAAAAUAUUACAAUUUCAUGAAAUGAAAUGUUGCACUUUUUUUUUUUUUCUAUCCAGAAGAGUGACUUUGAAACAGGUUUACUUCACAUCCUUCCAAAUUCAGCCUUCCUAAUCUAGUAAAUGCAAUUUGUUUGUGGAAGCAGGGGUUUGGGAUCAGAUUCAGGAACCUUUCACAAAAUAAUUAUAAUUAUAAAGGUAGCUCCCACAUUUGGAUCCUAGCAAUCUAUUCUGGUUUACUAUGGCAGAUGAAUAGAUAGUAUCAGCUUUGACCAAAGGUGAGCAUGAAAGAUUAAAACUUUACCUUCCUUAGCUAACAACAAUCUCAGAACUUGAGCCUUAUAAUUAGGUUAUCUAUGCUUGAUAGAUAAUCUAAUUAUUUCCUUUCAUUUGAAAAAACGAUCUGCUAUUUUGGUACUAGAAGAUCUCCAUUGUGUAAUUAAAGGAAAGUGCAGGUGAAAGUUUUAGUUUCCUUCAGUACUUCUGAGUUUUCCUUUUAUCCUGGCUAUUUAUGCUCUUUAAAUUGAAAAUGCAUUUUCAUUUAUUAUUAUUAAUUGCAAUCACUGAUUACGUUCUGUCCUCACAAAUUAGCUGGACUUGGUGGAGCAGAGAGAGCAGGCUUUUUAAAAGGAAAUCUUGGAUUCCAAAUUGUUUUUCUUAGAAGUUUUACAAAGUUUUAAAAAGCACUGCUCUAUUAAGAAGUAAUUUAAGCACACUCAUUACAGCAACGUAUUAUGCAACUGCAAUGCUUGUACAGUGGGAAUGCCUAGUACUUACCACACAGCGAUCCUGUGUUUUCAGUGUACUAAGCCCUACAGCUGGCAAAUUCUCCAAAGGAGGUACUUUGGAGUCACAGGAGAAUGCAGGAAGCGCUGCAUCUUGAACUCUACCAGCAGCGGUUAGGCCCUCUUCUGGGCGUGGACAGCUGCUUUGGAAGCUGUUCCCAGCUGUCUUCAUAUGUGUUUGCCUGCACAGCUAAUUCAAAUGAAACACAGGGUCUGUGUAUGUACAUGUAUGCAGAGAUAGCCGGAAGCAGUUUCUGAAGAACAGCAUGUGUAGAAAAAGACACAGCUGCUUUAACAAGUUGAAAUGAAGUGCUCAGUAGGAACUCCUGCAUAUUUGGAAAUACUUUUUCUGAAGGAUUUGCAAAUUCUACGUGAUUAAGUGAUUUUAACAACAUCAAAAAGAGAUAUGGUUUCUAUUAAAUAUUGAGAUACAUUAGAUUAAUGAGCCUUAUAGAAAGUAAAUUCUACUGAAUUUACAGGGAUUUAAAAUUGCACUAUUAUUGCAAGUUCUUGAAAUAUUUUGGUAAGCUAUAUUCCAUAAUCACUGUAUCUUCUUUCUUGAACUAUCACUGAAGGCCAGAUAUUUUCUUGAAGGGAAUUAUGUACUAAUUGUACUUUUUUGAUGGCUUGGACUUUAUGGGUGAAAGUUUAGCUGUCAAUUAUGUUUACUUGCAUUAAUUAUUUUAUAUAAAGCACUGAUUGUAUUGUUUCUACCUGGAACCUUUGGAUGCUAGAAUGCUAGCUAUGAACAGAUUAGCAUUCAAAGAAAUAUUUCCUUUACUAAUUUAAAAGGGAUUAUGAAAAUUAUGUCCUGCUUUAAGAAGAAAAAUUGUUUGAGUUACACAUGUACAGUAUGUAUUUUGCUGUCUAAAAUAUUCAGAGAUAUGCAUAGCAUGAAGAAGCUUAAUAAAUGGAAAUGUUAAACAUUUAAAAAGCAUAUUCAGAAAUAUUUCUGUCCUAUUCUAUAACCCUAAAUGAAAUAAAAUUUGA